GGGAGCCGCGAGUGCCUUCCCCUUGCGGUCCCUCCCGUCGGCUGCAGCCCGGCCCGCGGGCGGUUCGGGGCCGCUCCGCGCGUGGGCUUCACCCCGAGUCCCAGGGUGAGUCCCGCCGGGGCUGCCCGCGUGCCUUCCGAGCGGGGCGGCCUGCGAGGGGCCGUUCUUCUCCGGGCUGCGGCGUUUUACAUCGCAAAACAAGUGAAACACGGCACAAAGUCCAUGAACGGAAGGUCUCGGAACAGGACUGACGUGCUUAACGGGAAACGAAGCCACGAAAAGCGGUCAUCGCAUCUUUAGGGGUUUCCCCUUCCUCCGGCCAGCGCAUCGUAGCGGUGCUGAUGUGUCUCGCUCAGUGUGCCGCCCGGAGGCUGCUCGCCCAGGUGCACGGUGCUCUGAAACCUGCUCCAAAGAAACCGAACUGGUGCUGGGAAAUGGCUCGGCCGAGUUCGAAUAUGGCUGAUUUCCGAGAAGUGUUUGCCAAAGCAAAGCAUAUCGCCAUCAUUACCGGAGCCGGUGUGAGCGCCGAGAGCGGCGUUCCGACCUUCAGAGGGGCCGGAGGUUUCUGGAGAAAGUGGCAAGCCCAGGAGUUGGCCACUCCCGGGGCGUUUGCACGCAACCCCUCCCGCGUGUGGGAAUUCUAUCAUUACCGCCGCGAGGUCAUGCUGAGUAAACAUCCCAACGCUGCACAUAUCGCCAUUGCUGAGUGUGAAAAGCGACUGAGAAAACAAGGCAGGAGCGUGGUGGUCAUCACCCAGAACAUCGAUGAGCUGCACAGGAAGGCAGGCACAAAGCACCUCCUGGAAAUUCACGGAAGCUUAUUUAAAACUCGAUGCACCAACUGUGGAAACGUGACUGCAAAUUACAAGAGUCCGAUCUGCCCAGCGUUGGCUGGGAAAGGGGCUCCAGAUCCAGAAAUAGAAGAUGCUGCAAUUCCUGUUGAAGAACUUCCUCAGUGCGAGGAAGACGGCUGUCAUGGCCUUCUUCGUCCCCACGUCGUGUGGUUUGGUGAAACCCUGGAUCCAGAUGUUCUCACAGAGGUGGAGAAGGAACUCGACCUAUGCGACCUCUGCUUGGUGGUGGGAACCUCCUCCGUGGUGUACCCCGCCGCCAUGUUUGCCCCCCAGGUGUCCGCCAGAGGAGUGCCGGUGGCGGAAUUCAACAUGGAAGCUACUCCCGCUACAGACAGGUUCAGGUUCCACUUCGAGGGCCCCUGCGGGACCACGCUGCCGCCGGCGCUGGCCCGGCACGAGUCCGAGAUCAUCGCCUGAGGCGCGGCGGGGGCGGAGCCGGGCGGGGCGGGGCGAGGCGGCGGGCCCCGAUCGCGCCAAUAAAGCCUGGAGCCGGCA